AUGGCGACAUCCAUUCCGCUGCAGCUGGCCGAGACGAUCCAGACGGCGCACAUGCGCCCGAACCCGUCGGUCCUGCUGGACGCGGCGCCAUCGACGGCAGCCGACCGGAAAGAGGCCGUCGUGCUGGAAGACCUGGAUGAUUUGGACCUGGACGUCGAUCUCGAUCUGGAUCUCGAAGGCGACGACGAAAAGAGACGGGCGGCGGACGACGACGACCUGCUCCCGUACAGCUACAGCGCGAUCCGGCCGUGGAAACCGCACCACGGCGGACGGUUCGGCCACCAGCUGCCAGCUCUCCCCGAUCUUCGAUUCGAGCAGAGCUACCUGCACAGCGUGGCCCGGGCAGAUCGCUGGUGGAAGGUGGCCCUGAUCACGGCGCGCGACCAGAUGGUCAUGCCCUUCACCCAGGGCCUGCUCUACAACCUGGCCGUCUGCGGCUGGCAGUUCUGGAACCGCAACGCCCAGCUGAGCGGCCAGACCGUUGGCGCUCGCGUGCGGCGCUGGUGGUAUGGCGUCAAUGGCUGGUCUCUGCCACAGGGUCGGUCACGAACCAGCGGCACGACCGCCUGGGCGACUUCGAACAGGACGGCCUGGAACAGGAGAUGA